AUGCAAGACGGAUUCUUAUCGGCUUCGUUUUCGGAGGAACUGGUUCUCAUUUUGGGAUUAAAUUACAUCAACGAAUGCGACGACCCGGCCGCGUGCGGGAGUAACGCCAUCUGUACCAACCAUCACGGCAACUACACCUGCACGUGUCCGGAUGGCUUCGUUGGCAACCCUUACGAUGGGUGUGCCGAUUACGACGAGUGCCAACGCGCCGACGUCUGCGGUCCCCUGGCCAAGUGCCGGAACCGCGAAGGAGGACACGAUUGCGAGUGCCCGCUCGGAUACGAAGGAGAUGCUUACUCGAGGGCAGGCUGUCAGAACAUCAACGAAUGCGCAGGUAACCCCUGUGCAGCCAACGCCAUCUGCGUGGACGGAGUUAACAACUACACCUGCGCGUGCCCUCCCGGUUACAUCGGUGACCCCUACAACAUGUACGGCGCCUGCCAAGACGUGAACGAGUGCGUCGACCCGAGUUCCGAGCGCGACGACGACGGCGUCGAGACGACCACCACCGUCACGCUCGACGUCACCCUCGUCGACGACCUGUUCGAGAGCCUGCUGCCGGAGGCGCUGGAGAACGCCAUCAGCCAGGCGGCGUCGAACUGGAGCUUCCCGUGCGGCGCGGCGGCCACGUGCAUCAACACGCCGGGCUCGUACGAGUGCCGCUGUCCCGCCGGCUUCUCGGGGAAACCUCGCGAGAAGUGCACGGACGUGAACGAGUGCGGGCUGGCCUCCACCUGCGGAGAGAAUGCCAAGUGCAUGAACGUCCCAGGGUCAUACAAGUGCUACUGCCCGCGCGGCUUCGAGGGCGACGGCGACGUGGCCUGCAGCAGACGACACCCGUCAAUGUCACUUCUGGCAUCCGAUGAACAGCGCGACGAAAAGGACUUCUACGUCGACGAGUGCCAAAGCAACCCUUGCGGUGCCAACGCCGUCUGCAUCGACAGCGUGGGCAGCUACUCGUGCCAGUGCCAAGAGUACUACACUGGAGACCCUUACAUCGGAUGCGUUGACAUUGACGAGUGCACGGCCUUCAGCCGACCGUGUGGCAUCAACGCCGUGUGCCAGAAUGCCCAGCCAGGAUUCACGUGCUUGUGCCCUCAGGGGUAUAGUCCCAGCCCCACUCCCGACGUCGCGUGCAAGCAAUCUGCCGUUGACAUCCUGUGCCGCUUGAACUUCGACUGCGUGAAUAAUGCAGAGUGCAAGGCUGGUGUCUGCUCCUGCCGCGAUGGCUUCCAGGCCGUGGGUGCCGAGUGUCGCGACGUGGACGAGUGCCGGCUCUCUCCGUGCGGCCCCAACGCGCAGUGCCAGAACGUGCCCGGGAGCUUCCAGUGCUCCUGCAACUUCGGCUUCAUCGGGAACCCGCCCGACUCAGCUUGCAAAGACGUGGACGAGUGCCUGUCGGAGCCGUUCCCUUGCGGCGAGGCAGCCAAGUGCACCAACACCUUCGGGUCGUUCGUGUGUUCGUGUCCGUUCCCGCUGUCGGGUGACCCCUUAGUCAAGUGCAUGCCUCCGUGUGAAGGCGUUGAGUGCGGACCACACGCGACCUGCAAGCCCGAUGGCGUAGAGGCGAUGUGCAUGUGUGAUCCCGGUUGGACUUACGACCCUAAGGACAUCACCGCGGGAUGCGUUGACGUGGACGAAUGCACGGCAGGAAACCGUCCUUCGGGGCAGUGCGGCGACAACGCCGUCUGCACCAACACCCUGGGCUCCUUCACCUGCCAGUGCCCGCCAGGGUUCUCAGGAAAUCCAAACACGAAAUGUCUCGAUGUUAACGAGUGCCUUGGCUACCCGUUCCCUUGCGGUAAGAACGCCAAGUGCACCAACACACGGGGAAAUUACAGCUGCACGUGCCCCGAGCCCCUUGGCGGCAACCCCGAAGUGGAGUGUGACGUGGACGAGUGCCGGCGGCCCGGGACGUGCGGGCUUGGCGCCCUCUGCACCAACACACUGGGCUCCUUCACUUGCUCGUGCCCGCCCAACACGGUGGCCGACCCAGACCCCUUCACGCAGUGCCUGGACAUCAUGAAGUGCUCGGACGACAACGACUGCCCCGGCAACGCGCUCUGCCUCGCCAACCAGUGCAUGUGUCCCGAGCCCAACAUCGGCGACGACUGCAGGCACCCAUGCGAGGACGUUCGCUGCGGCCCGAACGCCGAGUGCAAGCUGAUCAACGGGCAGCCCAAGUGCCUGUGCGCGCAGGGCUACUCCGGCAAUCCCAUCGGCGUGUUCGGCUGCACAGACGUGAACGAGUGCGUGAACAACCCGUGCGGCAAGGGCGCGGGCGACGCUGCCCGCGAGGGCUGCAUCGCCGUCAAGAGCCCCGACUGCAGCAUUUCCAGCCCUUGCCCGACGGGGGAGCAGUGUGUCGAGGACAAGGCCCUCGGCGCCAACGUGUGCGUGUGCCAGCGCGGCUACGUGCGCGACCCUCAGACAGGUAGCUGCCGCGACAUCAACGAGUGCCUGGAGACCGUGGGCGGCAAGCUCGCCUGCGGCCUCAACGCCAAUUGCAAGAACCUGCCCGGGUCCUACGACUGCCAGUGCCUGCCCGGCUACGUCGGGAACCCCUUCAGCCUCUGCGAAAAGUGCAACACGCUGGAGUGCACGUGCCUGCCUCCGUACCGCAUCGUGGACGGGAACUGCGUGCUGGCCAAUUGCUCCUUGGGCAACCGGUGUCCCGCGGGCGCCGAGUGUGUCACCAUCCAGGGUGGGCUCAGCUACUGCGCCUGCCCCUCCGGGUACACCACCCUCCCUGACGGGUCUUGCCAGGACGUCGACGAGUGCGUGGCGCGCCUCCCCAACGGGCGCCUGCCAUGCGGUCCCGGCGCCGAAUGCUAUAACCAGGUAGGCGGCUUCGAGUGCCGCUGCCCGCCCGACUCCUCGGGAGACGCCUACACCACUGGCUGCUCGAAGGCCCAGGAAAAGUGCUCCAGUGACGCCGACUGCCUCGUGAACGAGCGCUGCGUCCAGCCCGGGAAGUGCGUAUGCCCGCCGCCCUACUUCGUCGACAACCAGGACAACAACCGAUGCAAGAGUCCGUGCGAAGCCUUCUCGUGCGGCAUCAACAGCAAGUGCACGCCCUCGGAUCCCCCUCAGUGCAUGUGCCAGCCCGGCUUCGUCAACAGAGGCCCCGCCGGCUGCGUGGACAUCGACGAGUGCCGCGAAAACCCCUGCGGCCAGGGUGCCAUCUGCAUAAACGAGAUCGGCACAUUCAAGUGUGAGUGCCCCCCUGGCACCGAGGGCGACCCCUUCAUCGACACAUGCAACCGAAGGGAGGAGGUCGAGUGCCACUCUGACGACGAGUGCCCCGGCGACCUCGCCUGUACCGACUCCGGCGAGUGCGUGAACCCGUGCAACGCCCUGCCCUGCGGCUCGAACGCCUACUGCGAGGCCGAGGACCACGCCGCCUGGUGCCGCUGCCACCCCGGCUACGCAGAGGGCCCCAACGGCGACUGCAUCUCCAUGUGCGAGGGCUUCCUGUGCGGCCCCAACUCGAACUGCAUCGUGGCGCGCGAUGGCCCGACCUGCAAGUGCGAGUCGGGCUUCAACGGCAACCCGUUCCCCGGCGGCCGCUGCCUGCCCGACCAGUGCUCGGCCGCCAAUCCGUGCCAGGACCCGCAGGUGUGCGUCAACGGCCGCUGCAAGGAGCGCUGCGAGGGCGUCGUCUGCGGCGUCGGCGCCAAAUGCGACAAGAACACCAACAAGUGCGUCUGCCUGCCCUUCUUCCUCGGAGAUCCUGACCUGCUCUGCGUGCCUCCGGUCACGCCGCCCCUGUGCACGCCCGGCUGCGGCGCCAACGCCCACUGCGAGUACGGCGAGCCCAACAGGUGCGUGUGCAACACCGGCUACAGCGGGAACCCGUACGCCUCGUGCGCCUCCGAGGAGGACCAGAAGGCCGACUGCGCCACCACGCGGUGCGGCACCAGCGCCGAGUGCCGCCAGGGCGUGAACCGCGUCGACUGCGUUUGCCCCGUCGGCUACCAGGGCAACCCCUACGUGGAGUGCGUCGACGUAGACGAGUGCAUCGGCACCGCGUGCGGCAUGAACGCCGUCUGCCUCAACACUCCCGGGAGCUUCGACUGCCGCUGCCAGGCUGGCUUCUCCGGCAACCCGUUCCAGAUGUGCAUGCCGGAGACCGUCGGCUCGGAAUCGUGUCUUGAGAACCCCGCCGCCUGCCCCGACUCGCCCUGCGCCACCGUCGUGUGCGGCCCCAACGCUGUCUGCACCGACGGUGCCUGCACGUGUCUUCUGGGAUUCAAGGGCGAUCCUACCAAUCUCAGCGAAGGAUGCCAACCUGCAGGAUGCCAAAACGAUCUCUUCUGCGCUGAUAAUGAGAUCUGCUUCUCCAGCGGCGGACGCCGUACUUGCGUCGACGCUUGCAACAAGGUUGAGUGCGGCCCCAACGCCUUCUGUGUUGCACAGGCCCAUCGAUCAGCCUGCUUGUGCAAGGACAGCUAUAAGGGCAACCCUAACGACCUGACUGCAGGCUGCCAGCCCGAGGACCGCGAGAGCAAGUGCACCACCGACAAAGACUGCAGCCCCGGCCAGGUGUGCCAAGUGGACGCCCAGGGCCUCAAGGCCUGCGUCGACCCCUGCUUCUCCUACGCCUGCGGUCAGAACGAGAUAUGCUACAGUCAGGCUGGACGCCCACUCUGUCGCUGCGAGGAAGGCUACCUGCGCAACCCCUCAACCAAACAGUGCCAGAAGCCUAAUGUCCCCGACUGCCAAGACGACCGCCAGUGCCCUCCCUCAGAUGCGUGUCGGCCCGACCAGCUGGGCGUCCUCAAGUGCGUGGGCGUCUGCCAGGAUUUCAACUGCCCCCUCCACUCCUCCUGCUUCGCCGUCAACCACCGUGGUCAGUGCCAGUGCGACCGAGGCUUUACAGGUAACCCCAACGACCGCAGCGGGUGCCGUCCAGUGCCCCGUGACGAGUGUCAGUCUGACGCUCAGUGCUUGGAGACUGAGAAGUGUGAGACACGAGGCAAUAUUCGCAAGUGUAUGUCUGUGUGCGACACCACUCGUUGUGGGCCCAAUGCUGUGUGCGUUGCCAACAACCAUGCCGCUCAGUGCCAGUGCCCGCCAGACAAGGCUUGCAACAGACUGGACUUUACUUGCUUCGAUGUCUGCUACGAUGCUUGCGGUGACAAUGCCAUCUGUCUUGCCGAGAACCAUCGCUACAACUGCAAGUGUCCUCCGGGCUCGAGGCCAAACCCGUCUGCCGAGAUCGAGUGCGUGGCCGUGAACCUGUGCGACCCUAAUCCAUGCCACGCCUCUGCCACCUGCUCACCCGUCGGAGGGAACUACCAGUGCUCCUGCCCUGUCGGAAUGGUCGGCGAUCCGUACACAACCGGUUGCCACCCCGAGGGCAUGUGUCCCAACGGAAAUGAUGACUGCCAACUGGACAGCGUGUGCAUCAAUGGCCGCUGCGCCUCUCCCUGCGACCGAGCCUGCGGACCCAACGCUCAGUGCAACGUCGUCAACAGGAAGCCCAUCUGCACCUGCCCGACUGGAUUCGUCCCCAACCCGACCCCAGACAAGGGCUGCACCCGCCUGACAUCUUCGUGCAACAGUGAUGCACAGUGCCAAGGAGGUGUGUGCCUGGAUGGACAGUGCAAGGUGGUGUGCCGAGACAACAGUGAAUGUGCCCAGGGAGAAAGGUGCUACAACAACAUGUGCAUGGUGCCCUGUGUCUCAUCUUCACAGUGUCCCACCAACCAGGCAUGUAUUUCUGGCGUGUGUCUCCUUGGAUGCCGCGGAAACACCGAUUGUCCUACAGCAAAUGCCUGCGUCAACAACAAAUGUGAUGACCCAUGCUCUAGAGCGAACGUGUGUGGUCCUAACGCUCAGUGCAGUGUGCUAAACCACUUGGCACAGUGCCAGUGUCCUUCAGGAUUUAUUCCAACACCAACACCACAACAAGGAUGCGUCCGUGUGCCUGUCACCUGUGCCACCAUCAAUGAAUGUGGUCCGAGCACUGUGUGUGAUUUCGGCCUGUGCAAGCCCGUGUGCCAGCAAAGCAAGGAGUGUGCGCAGGGUGAGAGCUGCACCUCGGGAAUGUGCCACAAGGUUUGCUUUGGUGACGGCAACUGCCUGCAGGGUGAGGUGUGCAUUGAGGGUGCAUGCGUAGGCGGCUGCAGAGGCAACAGCGACUGUCGGGUCAACGAGGUGUGCCUUUCCAAGAAGUGCAUGUGCGCCAAGGGAUACCUGCCAGGCCCCAGCGGCUGUGUCGACGUCGACGAGUGCCAGGAUAGGCCAUGCCACCCGAGUGCCUCCUGUGUCAACGUUCCAGGCUCAUACAAAUGCACGUGUCCCGCCAGCACCGUGGGCGACCCUUACCAGGCGCCCGGAUGCACCAAGCCAAACGAAUGCACUAACGACGCCCAGUGCAAUGGAGACCAAGCAUGUGAGAGGAACGGCGAAGGUGUCUUCAAGUGUGUGGCGCCCUGCGCAUCGGCUGUGUGCGGCUCCAACGCCCGCUGCAAGGUGGUCAACCGCAAGCCAGUGUGCGAGUGCGAGGCCGGCCACUUCGGCGACCCUAAUGACCUCUCCUUCGGCUGUGUCAAGGGAGACUGCAUUGUCAACGAUGACUGUGCUUCAAACAAACUAUGUGAUCUCCUCAGCUAUAAGUGUAUCAAUCCGUGUGACAGUGUGAACUGUGGCUUUGGACGAUGCCAGGCGGUGGACCACGCUGCCGUUUGCUACUGUGAGCGAGGCUUCCAGACGGACUCCUCUGGAGGCUGCGUGGAUGUGGACGAAUGCCGUGACACCCCGUGUCACCGCACUGGCCUGUGCCGCAACGCCCUUGGCAGUUACUCGUGUGUGUGUCCGGAGGGCCAGGUGGGCGACCCCGUAGUAACGGGCUGCCGCAACCCCGGAGACUGCCUCGACGACAGCGAGUGCCCAGAUGCCGCCGCCUGCUUCCAACUCAAGUGCCGCAACCCGUGCGAGAUCCCGGGUGCUUGCGGCAUCGGCGCGCAGUGCCAGACGGUCAACCACAAGGCCGUCUGCUCUUGCCCUCCCCGCACUACCGGCGACCCCUUGAACAGCUGCGUCGCCCUCGAGUGCCUCGGCCACAACGAGUGCUCGGCUGACAAGUCAUGCGUAAACAACAAGUGCGUGAACCCGUGUUCCAUCCCCGGCGUGUGCGGCAAGAAUUCCGAGUGCGUCGCCCGCGCUCACCUGCACCAGUGCUUCUGCAAGCCAGGCUUCACUGGCGAUGCCACUCUCGGCUGCACGGACAUCACUUAUUGCCAGGUGGAGACGGAUUGCCCCUCCGGCGAGCAGUGCAAUGGCGGCGUCUGCCUGCCCCGUUGUACCAGCAACCGUGAGUGCAUCAGCGACCAGGUGUGCAUCGAGGGCGCCUGCGUGCCCAAGUGCAGGUCCAACAACGACUGCCCCGAUUUGCAAGUGUGCCAGAACAACAUCUGCGUACCAGAAGUCAAGUGCCGCCAGAACGCCGACUGCAGUGCCGACGAGCAGUGCCGCACGAACCUUGUGGGCCAAGCUGAGUGCCGCGAGGUGUGCGACGGACUCACGCUCUGCGGACGCAGCGCCGAGUGCGUGGCAAUCAACCACCAGGCCGUGUGCCAGUGCCCGCAGGGCUACUUCGGCGACGCCACGGACGAGCGCCAGGGCUGCCAGAAGAUCGAGUGCGAGGUGGACGAGCAGUGCGCGCAGAACCAGCGCUGCGACAACUACAUGUGCAAGAUUGCCUGUCGUGUGAACAACCAGUGCGGUGAGAACGCCCUCUGUCUCUCCGAGGGCCACAAGGCGGUCUGCUUCUGCCGCGACGGGUUCCAGGGCGACCCCCUCAGGGGAUGCCAGCCUAUCGACUUCUGCAGGAGCAGCCCGUGCGGCGCAGGAGCCAAGUGCCACAACGUUCCCGGCAGCUACAAAUGCCUCUGCCCGCCUGGUACCGUGGGCGACGCCUACUCUGAAGGCUGCCAGCCUCCCGUCAUCUGCCUGGUGAACGGCGACUGCCCCGACUCCGCCUUCUGCGGGGAGGAGGACAACGUGCCCAAGUGCAAGGAUGUGUGCGAACGCGCGGAGUGCGGCCCGAACGCCGAGUGCGGCGCCGUCAACCACCGCGCCGUGUGCACCUGCAAGACCAGCUACGUGGGCGACCCCAACGACCGCGUCACCGGGUGCCGCCCCUACCAGGCAUCCUGCAGCCGCAACACCGAGUGCCCGCCGCAGACCAUCUGCGACGGAGGCCGCUGCAGACCGCCGUGCCAGAGUGACCAGGAGUGCGGCCUGACGGAGGCGUGCGUGCGGGGCCAGUGCAGCGACUUGUGCGACGAGGACGACGCAUGCGGCCUCAACUCCGCCUGCACGAUGGUCAACCACCGGCGCCAGUGCUCGUGCCCGCCCGGAUUCACUGGCAACGCGGAGACCGAGUGCUACAGGGUGCCCACCACCUGCCAGAGGACCAACGACUGCCCCGCCGGGUUCCUGUGCAAGGCCGGCGUGUGCGCCCCCGCCUGCGCCGGCGACAGUGAGUGCGCGCUCAACGAGAAGUGCGUCACCGGAUCCUGCAUACUGACCUGCCGCCUGGACAACGACUGCUUCCUGGGUCACAUCUGCCUGAACAACCUGUGCAUGAUCGGCUGCCGCGCCAACGAGGACUGCAUGGCAAGCGAGGCGUGCCUGAACAACCGCUGCACGGACCCCUGCGGCUCGUCGGCCGUGUGUGGCGCCAACGCGCUCUGCUCCGUCGUGAACCACCGCGCGCAGUGCUCGUGCCCCGACGGCUUCAUCCCCAACCCGACGCCCAACGUGGCCUGCGUCCGCGAGCCCAGCACCUGCGCCAUCAACUCCGACUGCGCCUCCGGGUUCGUGUGCACGGCGGGCAGCUGCCUGGCCAUCUGCUCCUCCGACACCAGCUGCCUGGACAACGAGCGCUGCGUCAGCACCGUGUGCCGCCCCACGUGCCGCCGCGACGACGACUGCAGCUCUGGCGACCUCUGCCGUAACCUCAUUUGCGUCGCCGGCUGCCGCGCCGACACACAGUGCCCGUCCACACAGGCAUGCGUCAACAACAAGUGCAUCGACCCGUGCGCGUCGCCCACCGCCUGCGGAGGCAACGCGCGCUGCGCCGUCGAGGGCCACCGAGUCAAGUGCGCGUGCCCGGACAACCUGGUAGGCGACCCCUACGUUAACUGCCGGCUGCCGGUCACGGCGUGCAGUGGUGACAGCGGCUGUCCGAGCGGCAUGACCUGCUUCUUCGGCACGUGCCGUCCCCUCUGCAAGAGCGACCAGGAAUGCUUCAACAACGAGCGCUGCGUGGGCGGCGUCUGCAAGGAGAUCUGCAGCUCCGACAGCCAAUGCGGCACCGGCAACAUCUGCGAGGGACGCCUGUGCAUCCUCGGCUGCCGCUCCGACUCGUCCUGCCCCUCGGAGCAGUCGUGCAUCAAUCGUCAAUGCCGAGACCCGUGCCAGGGCGCCACCGCCUGCGGCACCUGUGCCCAGUGCCAGGUCGUCAGUCAUCGCGCUCAGUGUAGCUGCCCUCCAACCGCCGUGGGCGACCCCUUCAUCGCAUGCACUACACCCCCGCGCGCCUGCUCCUCCAACACCGACUGCGCCUUCCGCGGGAUUUGCCAAUCCGGCUACUGCACCAAGCAGUGCUCGUCCUCAGACCAGUGCAACUGCGGCGAGACGUGCAGCGACGGCCACUGCCGCGCCCAGUGCGCCGAAGACCAGGAGUGCGCCCAGGGCUUCCUGUGCCGCUCUGGCGUUUGUGUGACUGGGUGCCGCGCCAACAGCGACUGCCCGCUCACGCAGGGCUGUGUCAACAACGAGUGCCAGGACCCGUGCGACGACGCCUGUGGGGACAACACCUACUGCCGAGUGUCGAACCACCGGCCGCUGUGCUUCUGCAACAGCGGCUACCAGGGCGACCCCGUCAAGGGCUGCGAGGAGUACGAGUGCCUCAAGGACACCGACUGCGACUCUGAGCAGGUGUGCCUCAACCAGGAGUGCAAGAACCCUUGCCUGCAGGAUACGUGCGGCACCAACGCGCGCUGCAGAGUGGACAGCCACAACGUGGAGUGCUCGUGCCCGCCCAACUUCUACGGCAACCCGCAGAUCGAGUGCAAGAAGGAAAUCAACGAAUGCCUCAACAACCCGUGCGCCAACAACGCGCAGUGCAUCAACACCGUCGGUAGCUUCAUGUGCGAGUGCAACAACGGCUGCCAGGGAGACCCCUACCGCAACGGCUGCCUGUGCCCGUUAGAGCAGGUGGAUCCGUGCGCCCUCAUCUCGUGCGGCCAGAACGCCCUUUGCCGCAUCGUCAGCCAGACGAAGGCCGAGUGCUACUGCCCCACCAGCCUGCCCAACGGCGACCCCCUCGACAAAUGCACGGGAGACUGCCGCCAGACGGGGUGCGGAACCGCGGCCUCCUGCCUCAUCGACCGCGACGGAAGCUACGAGUGCCGUUGCCGCCGUGGGUGGAACGGAAACCCCUACGACAAGUGCGUCCCUGAUACUCAGUGCACGCUUGACACAGACUGCCCGCCCACUCAGGCAUGUAUAAGUGGACAGUGUAAGGACCCCUGCACAGUGCGGGGGGCGUGCGGCGAGCGCGCACUCUGCCAGACCGUGGCACACGCGGCGCAGUGUUCUUGCCCGCAGUGCUAUGUAGGCCGCCCCAAGGUGGCCUGCAGGCCCGACCCCACCUGUGAUGUUAGCCCCAAGGACCCCCCCAUAACCACUGGCUGUCGGGGCGACUCUGAAUGUCCCGACAGUCAGGCUUGCGAUCGAGCCCAGUCUCAGUGCUAUGACCCCUGCGUCCGCGGAGGGUCGUUGUGUGAAGCCAAUAAGAUGUGUGAAGUCAGGAAGCACGAGCCCACUUGCAUAUGUAAACAUGGCUUUGUCGUAAAUUCAGUGGGCGAGUUUGUCUGUGCGACAGGGCCCAUAGAGUGCCGGGCGAACGACGAGUGCGCGAGCAACCUGGCGUGCGUCAACAACAAGUGUGUGAACCCGUGCUCGGUAGGCCAGCCCUGCCCGCCCUCCAAGCAGUGUGAUGUGCUCAACCACCAGCCCGUGUGCAUCUGCGUGAAGGACUGCAACCCCUCGGUCACCAUCUGUCUCCGUGACGAGGGAUGCGGCCCCACGGAGGCGUGCGUGUCCUACCAAUGCGUGGACCCCUGCGCCUCGCACGUCUGCCCCGGCGACACGCCAUGCUACGUGGAGGACCACAAGCCACUCUGUAAAUUCUGCCCACCCGGCUUUACCGUUGACCCUGAGUUUGGAUGCGUUAAAGACACCGAUACAACCUCCCCCUCCACCCCAUCCACCACCACCCGGACGUCGUGCCGCAGUGACGCUGACUGCGGCACCACAAAACAUAUAUGCCUCCAAGGACAAUGCACAAACCCCUGCCUGGUCGCCUGUGGGACACGUGACUGUUCCAUCAGUAUUGGCACUCAAAACGAAGUAAAGAUUAAUUGUCACGACACUUCAAAGACCACAGAACCCACUACCACACCCACUGCUGACAUCGGCAAAACCCUCAGUCCCAAAGAGCCCACUCACACAGUCGGCUUCUUCACAGACAAACCCGAUGCGACCGAUCGUCCACAAACACCUUUCGGAUUUUCCACAACCUUUUCCUCUGUCACUCCCGGCGUUACACUUUCUGUCACACCAGCCACGCCUCGGGAACCUUCUGUCACACCCCUCGUCCCUUCCUCUCACAAAACCACACGGAGGCCGGUUAAAGGUCCUACUCGACGGCCACCCAAAAUCAACACGCCCCGACCUCCACCUCCCUUUGGUGUCGAAGUCACGACCAGGCGACCUCCCCCCUUCUUCACAACGCCUCCAAAGGAGCUCCCUUUCACGCCAGCAGUUCCCGAGGAGACGCCGACACACACCACGCCCACACCGACGCGUGUAACAACGCCAAGAACUCCUCCGGUCACAGAGGACAACACCAUACACCGGCCUCCCACAACACCUAGGUCUCGCCCCAUUACACCGACUACAAAGCGGCCUAGAAUAACCAUCAAAAGACCCUUGUUCCCCAAGACGAGCCCCCGCCCCCCCACACAAACAGACACCCCGCACACCAACCCCCCCUUCCGCUUCACCCCCAAAACACCCGCCACUCCCGGUCCCCUGGAACCCGCCCCCCCCACCACCCCGAGUUCCUCGGUGCCCAAGACCCUGGCGCCCGGGCCCAAGACGUGCACCAGCAGCGUCGAGUGCCCAAGGAACCUUGCGUGCCUCCAGAAUAAGUGCACAGACCCGUGCAAGAUGUCUAGUCCAUGUGGUAGUGGGUUCACGUGUCAGGUGAUCAGUAAUAGACUAACAUGUCAGUGUCCCACGGGGCCAGCGCUAGGCUCCCGAUGCCCCGAAGCAAUCGGCUGCAGAGAUGACUCCGAGUGCCCGACCAGCCAGGCAUGCAUCAACGAGAAGUGUCUCAAUCCCUGUGUGGCUCGCAACCCGUGCAGUGCUAAGGAAGAUUGCAAAGUGCAGAACCAGAGGGCUACGUGUGUUGCAGCUAAAAUCCUUGCAUCUCCCGGGAACGAGUCUUCGAUCUCGAGCAGUUGGUGGGCAGUUGUAGCAUUUGUGAGGGGUCAAAAUUUCCCCAAAAAUUUUGGCUUUUGCCGUGGAUUUUUGUUCUUUGACUUCGAGUGCCGACGAGACGCGGACUGCCCGUGGAACGAGGCUUGCUUCUCGGGGCACUGUAUGAACCCUUGCAUCAUGACGGAGGCGUGCGGUCUGGGCGCCGACUGCCGCCCACUGCUGCACCGCCCACGCUGCUCGUGCCCCCAGGGCUACACGGGCGACCCCAAAAUACGGUGCACGCCCUCCACAACGCCCAAAACGCCCACAGUCCGCAGAAAAUGUACAUGCCAGUCCAACAACGACUGCCCCGCACACUUGUCUUGUGACGGUUGCACCUGCAAGCCACAACUCUCUGAAGUAGUGAGUUGCGACCCCCCUUGCCAGAACGACGAGGAGUGCGACGAGGAGGAGCUUAUCUGCAAACCAGAUAUCCCCGAAAAAUUAGAUAAAAUUUCUGAUCAAGAAGACAUGACUUUGUGGAAUCUCCCACCUGUUACCCAGCUCCUGAGACCUCUAACCACCAGUUCGUUCACCACUCCUACCACCACCACAGCUACACCCGCCACCACACUCACUGACGACACCUCUACAAUUGCCACCCCGCCCACAGAGCAGCCGGGUGUUCCUAGUGUACCCUCUAUGCGUCCUUCCCCCUCCCCUGUAUCCUCCCUCCCCUCCACCCCUCUUGAUGGAGUCACGGAAAGCGAUCAAUCCACCGUUGCCUCGGGGGAGACAGGAACGACCCUUCCUACCCCAGCUGAUCAGACACGACCCACUGUGCCAGUCGUCGGACCAGAGAUAGAGUCGGUGUCCCUCUCCGCCACUAUGCCCCCGGGGGUUUCACGGCCGACCCUCCCGCCGGUAGGGAGUGAGGUCGAGACGGAAGCCCUGGAGGCCAUGGAGCCACUCACUGCCGCCCCCGAAACCACCACGCCCGCCCUCGUCUCCACCACCGACCACGUGGCGCAGCCGAGCGAGGCAGUGACAGAUACUCCGCCGCGCGGCCAGUUCACUCCGCAUUAUGGCGAUGAGCCUUACGAUGGUGCCACUGGUCCUGGCACUGAUAGACCUUAUGGUCCAGGCACUGAUAGACCUUAUGGGCCUGGCACUGACAGACCCUAUGGCACUGAUAGACCUUAUGGUCCUGGCACUGACAGACCUGAAGGUGAAGGCAUUGGCACACCCUAUGGACCUGACACUGACAGACCUUAUGGUCCUGGCACUGAUAGACCAUAUGACCCUAUGGUCCUGGCACUGACAGACCCUAUGGCCCUAACACUGACAGACCCUAUGGUCCUGGCACUGACAGACCUGAAGGUGUAG